CACACACAAAAACAGAUCUUUAGGGGAAGACCGAGACGAGCCGGGAAUAGCGGGACGAGCGGGACGAGCGGGCACUUUCAAUCGGUCUUUUCUGUUUAUCCUCGCAAUUGCAACGGAUGGAUGGACGGAUGGUGAUCUUCCUGGCCUCGCAUGCACGCUAGGGCCAUGCACUCCUCAUCAGUUAGCAAGUCGCUCACUCAUCCGUACCAAGCUGAACAGUGGAUGAUGUACUGGAUGUAGUGGAUGUGGUGGAAGCAUAGCACGCAUGCAUCCAUGCCCUCAAGCCUAUCCAAGACUGACGCAGAACGACCGCCUACCUCUAGCCCUGCUAGAUCUGCGGAUGGAAGGUGGGGCAAUUCUCGUUUCUCGGCCCUGCCAAUUGCCAAAGCUGGCCGACCACCUGUGUGUAAGUAAAACUCAUAUUCAGCUGGCCUUAAAUGUAACAUCAGCUUGGACCGAGUCAUCUGGGACGGGAAGUGAACGUUAACGUUCAACAUGUCAACUUCAGAACUCUGGCGAGAGUGUGCCCAAUGGUUGGAGAAGUUCAACGUGAUUUCCAAACAGGACCCCGUUCUGUCCCCCAAAGCCCAGUUGAGUGAUUUGAUCGCUGUUCUCCGAGAUGGCGUGGUAUUGUGUCAAUUGGUUCAUUCCUUGGACCCGAACUCCAUUGACAUGACUCGAGUUCUAUACGACUCCCCUGAGCCAGCCACAGGGCGUGCUGUCAAUGAUUUCUUGUGCCGCCACAACAUCUUUCUUUUCCUCCACGCCAUCAUUGCCAAUUUCCAUCUGAAUAUGGAUGAACACUUCUUCCAGCCGGAAGAUCUGUAUCAUUGUAAAAACGUCGGCAAAGUCAUAGAAACCCUCUCCGUGUUGUCAUACUGUGCCCAAUUCAAACGAUCAGGUGUGCCUGGAUUUCCGAAGAAGGAGAAACUUUUGCCCAAACGCCUGAAACAGGAGCGGAAGGUGUACGAGACCCUAAAUCAAUUGUACGGCGAAGCUGAAACCGAAUAUCUUUAUGACUCUUUCAAUCGAUCAGCCAAGGAUCUGGAACAGAGCCACUACGAGGAUAUCUAUCAGACCAUUUUCCCUCCUAAACAACCGAGAUUAUCGCUGGACAUUUCGUUUGGCAAGAAAUCAAAGCGAGCAGCCCCUGUCGAGGAACUGAUUGACACCGAGGACAAGUAUUUAGAGAACUUGAUCAUGGUGCGUGACGUGUUUCGAGAUCCUCUUACUCUUAUGUCCCCUUACCACAAGAGUAUAGUUUUUUACCAACUUGAUGAUCUGAUUCAACUUCAUAGUGAUAUCCUAUUCGGCCUGAAGCAAAAGAGGACUGACAUCGGUCUAGUUUUUCUUGAACACAUUCCUCACAUGAGCAAGCUGUAUGGGCAAUAUUGUGUGAAUCUCCCCGUGGCCAUGGAAGUUGUUGAAAGGCUACAAAUGAGCAACACUCCGCUACGCAAACAAAUUAGCGAGAGCCAGAUUAGGGCCAAACCGUCAAGUUUCCCUCUCUCUAGUCAUUUAGUGAUUCCGUUUCAAAGGUUCCUAAAAUACCAUCUCUUACUAAAAGAGAUAUCAAGAAACACUCCGCCGGAUUUCCCCGAUUAUUUGAACAUUUCUAAAGCAUGUGAAGAGAUGCUCAAAAUUGGCAUGGACGUUAACGAAAAGAAACGUGAGCAUGAGGACUGUGAAAAACAAAUCCAAACCGAUGAAGCCGAUCUCAAGCUCAUUGCCAAUGUUAGCAACACCAUCAAAUUAAUGCAGCUGCCCUUUGACUCCAAACUGUGCGACUUUGGGCGACUCCGUAAAGCCGGUGAUGUAACUGCUUACAAUGAAAACGGAAAAGUAGGCGAUUAUGUUUUUCUGUUUGACAUGAUCAUCGUCCUGUGUCAAAAGC